AUGGGGCACCGUUCCUUUGAGUGUUAUAUGAAUAGGGAAGGAAACCCACAGAGUCAGAAUAGGAACGAAGGCAACAACGGUAACAAGUCAAACUUAAGGAACAAUGGCAACAAUCAGAACAACAACAAUAGGAACAAUGGAAAUAACCAAACUCAGAACAAUAGCAACAGGAUUAACAGUCAAGGAUGCAUCUACGUGAUGAACAGGGUUCAGGCGGAAGCUGGUGACGUGGUUACAGGUAUUUUCUCUGCUAAAUCUACACCUGUGUAUGUCUUAUUUGACUCGGGUGCUACGAAUUCUUUUGUAUCCACCACCUAUGCUAGGAAAGUAGGUUGGGAACCAACCUCUGAAGUAAGAAUAGCUGUAAAGACCCCAACGGGUAGUGUGGUAGCUUGUAGGUAUCUGCAUAAGGAUGUACCUAUAAAAAUAAAUAGCAUAGACUUCCUAGCAAACUUGAUAGAGUUCGAGUUGAAAGACAUUGAUGUAGUGUUGGGGAUGGAUUGGCUGGGCAAAUAUAAAGCCAAGAUAAUAUGUGCUGAGCAGAAGGUGAUACUACGGAGCCUUGAAGGUAAGUAUGUGGCGUACAAAGGAGCUACCAAUCGACCAGGGAUAAAACUUGUUUCAGCUAUGGAAAUCGUGAAGCAUGUGGUGAAUGGCCAAGAAGCCUACCUGUGCAUGGUGAAAGAUCUUAAUGCCCUAGAAGACGCAAUUGAACAAAUACCAAUGGUGAAGGAGUUCCCUGAUGUCUUUCCAGAGGAGAUACCAGGCAUGCCGCCCGAAAGAGAAGUAGAGUUCACCAUUGAUUUGAUGCUAGGGACAACACCUAUCUCUAAGACACCUUAA